ACCCGUAUGCAAAUACUGAAUCCCAAUCCGGCAGCAGUUUAUUCCGGAGUAGCGAAUGCAUUUACACGUAUUAGUACAACAGAAGGAGUGAAGACAUUAUGGAAAGGUGUUAACUCUGUUAUCUUGGGAGCGGGUCCUUCGCACGCUCUAUAUUUUGGAACUUAUGAAGUGUGUAAGGAUAUUUUUGGCGCAAAUAAAACACAAGGACAUCAUCCAAUAGCAACUGCUAUAGCGGGAGCAUGUGCUACCGUAGCAAGUGACGCAUUAAUGAACCCAUUCGAUGUUAUAAAACAGCGGAUGCAAGUUCAUGGAUCAACAUAUAGAAAUGUUAUAGAAUGUGCACGAACAGUAUAUAAACUUGAAGGAUUAACGGCAUUCUAUAUUUCAUAUCCAACUACACUCACGAUGACUAUACCAUUUCAAGCUGCACAAUUUUCCUCGUACGAAUACUUUCGAAAAGUAUUAAAUCCUCGUGGAAAUUACGAUCCAAAAACGCAUGUAAUUGCAGGUGGGCUAGCAGGAGCAAUCGCUGCAGCGGCAACAACACCACUGGACGUGGCCAAAACAUUAUUACAAACAAGAGGAAACGCUGAUGACACACGAAUACGGAAUUGCUCCGGGCUAUUGGAGGCAUUUCGUAUAAUUUAUGAUCAGAAUGGUAUGAAGGGAUUUAUGAAAGGUCUCAAACCAAGAGUACUAUCUCAUAUGCCAUCGACAGCCAUUUGUUGGUCGGUGUAUGAAUAUUUCAAGUGGUUUAUCAGUGCACAGGAAAGGGAAAGAUUACCGGAUAAAUUUCAUCUUCCCCAAUAA